AUGGCUUCUACAGCUGGAGGCAGACCAUCGCGUCGCGCAGCUUCGCGCCGAACUUCCUAUAUCGACGACGUUUCCAAUGACGAGGAUCUUGGAAAUGUGACCCCGACACCAUCUCACUCUAACGCAGACGAUGAUGCAGAGCAUGAGUACACACCCGUAGCCCGAAAGCCUAUCCCUAGGCGUGGCGGCCGACGAAAAGCAUUAGAAGCACCAUCACAGCCCUCAAAGCGGUCUACGCGAGGUGGACGAAGAGCGAAAACCGUCGAAUCCACCCCGCAACGGGAACAGCAACACGAACAUGAAUAUACAUCCAUUAUCGCGGAGACCGUAGAAGAGAGAAAUGAAGAGGAAGCCGAAGAGUCAACUAUAUUAGCAGCUCAGGAAGAGCCAGAAUCACCUUCUGAGAAGGUUCACGCAGCGCAGAAGAGGAAGAGGGCUGCAAGUUCCCGUAAGAGCCGUGAUUCAGCUACGCCAGCCGCAGAACUGUCCUCACUUCCUACUCCUUCUCCUUCAGCGUCGCCCGAAGCCUCGUCGCGAUCGCAUCGAGAGUUUAACAGCCCGCUUUCCGAUAUCACACAAUCUGCUGUCAAUAAAUCACCUGCGCCGACAAGAACCGAUGCCGAAGAGCAGAAGUCUCAGAUCUCGAUUGUCAACUCGCAGUCAACCAACCUGGAGAAGCCGAUGGAUAUUGUUCUGAAGUCUCGAUCUCUAGGCAUUCCUAUCGCAGAGGAAAUCAAAACUCCACGCGCACGUAUGGUAAUCACUCACCUUGUGCUUACUAACUUCAAAAGCUACGCGGGUAAACAGGUUGUCGGACCCUUUCAUGUAUCGUUCUCAUCUGUAGUCGGCCCCAAUGGAUCCGGAAAAUCCAACGUUAUCGACUCCCUACUAUUUGUGUUUGGAUUUCGCGCCAGUAAGAUGCGUCAAGGAAAAAUCUCUGCUUUGAUUCACAACUCCGCCAGGUUUCCUGAUCUAACCUUCUGUGAAGUGGAAGUACAUUUUCAGGAAAUCAUGGAUCUCCCUGGUGGAGCUCAUAAGGUCGUUCCCGACUCUCAACUAGUUGUGUCGCGAAGAGCUUUCAAGAAUAAUUCAAGCAAGUAUUAUAUGAACAGGAAGGAAACAAAUUUCACCACCGUGACCACCUUCCUGAAAGACCGAGGCAUUGAUCUCGAUCACAAGCGAUUUCUCAUCUUGCAGGGCGAGGUUGAAUCAAUUGCCCAGAUGAAACCUAAAGCGGCUAAUGAGCACGAAGAUGGUCUUCUGGAAUAUCUAGAGGAUAUCAUCGGCACCUCCAAAUACAAGACGCCCAUUGAAGAAGCAGCCACCGAAGUUGAAACCCUGAACGAUGUAUGUGUGGAGAAGAACAAUCGGGUACAGCAUGUCGAAAAGGAAAAGACCGCACUCGAGGAUAAGAAGAAUAAAGCUCUGGCCUACAUUCGAGAUGAAAAUGAUCUCACUAUUAAACAGUCUGCUCUGUAUCAGGUUUAUAUAGCGGAAUGCGAAAACAACACCAAAGUUACCGAGGAAGCGAUCAUGCAAAUGCAAGAGCUGCUCAACAUGGAGCUGGAAAAGCACGAGGGCAAUGAGUCUGGCAUUAAGGAGAUCGAGAAAACAUACAAGCGUGCUGCCAAGGAAUAUGAGAGCAUGGAGAAAGCUACCCAGUCAAUGAUCAAGGAAAUGGCGAAAUAUGAUAAGGAAGCCGUCAAGUUCGAAGAGAAGCGGAAGUUUCUGACAGGGAAGCAGAAGAAGCUUGAGAAAAUCUUGCACACCAGUCGAUUGGCUUCAUCAGAGUGCUCGAGUCUCGUUGAAAAGCAUGCUUCGGAUAUCGAGAAGAAAUCGGGGGAAAUUUCCCAGCUUGAAGAGGAGAUGAAGGCCGAGGAGCUUGAACUUACGUCCAUUAGGGAAAGCCUGAAAGGCAAAACACAGGGCCUUUCUGACCAGAUCGCUGCGAAACAGAAAUCUCUUGAGCCUUGGAACGCUAAGAUUAACGAGAAGCUUUCUUCCAUUGCUGUGGCCCAAAGUGAGCUUGAUAUCCUUAAUGAACGAGGAAAUGCGGGUGCAAAAGCUCUAGAGGAAGCUCAAGUCCGCAUUACCGCGAUUGAGGAAAGCUUAGCAGAGAAGGAGGCGGAACUUGAGGAAAAAUAUCAGGAGAAGACUCAGCUCGAAGCUGAAGUCGACUCUUUGAAGAAAGAUAUCAAUAAGCUCUCUCAAAAGGAACCUGAACUUCGCUCUUACGUGUCUAAUGCGCGACAAAAAGCAGAGGAAGCUCGUGCAAGCCUGGCCAGCACUCAAAACAAAGGCAGCGUUCUCUCCGGUCUCAUGCGACUUAAGGAAUCUGGUCGUAUCGAUGGGUUCCACGGUAGACUAGGCAACCUGGGUACGAUAGAAGAGAAAUAUGAUGUCGCUAUUUCAACCGCCUGCCCACAGCUCGAGAACAUGGUCGUCGACACCGUCGAAUCGGGCCAGCAAUGUAUUGAUUACCUACGCAAAAACAACCUUGGUAGAGCCAACUUCAUUCUUCUCGACCGCUUGCCCAAACGAGACAUGUCUACAAUCUUCACUCCCGAAAGUGUGCCCCGUCUUUUCGAUCUAGUAAAGCCCAAGGAGCCCAAAUUCGCUCCAGCCUUCUACAGUGUGUUGCAGAACACAUUGGUUGCCAAAGAUUUGGAACAAGCUAACAGGAUUGCUUAUGGUGCUAAGCGAUGGAGGGUCGUUACUCUUGACGGACAACUAAUUGACUUGUCUGGAACUAUGAGUGGAGGAGGAACGCGUGUUGCUAAAGGGGGCAUGUCAUCAAAACAGGUAGCCGAAACAUCCAAGGAACAGGUUUCGAAAUUGGAAUACGACCGCGAUGAGUUGGAAAGGAAGCUUCAACUUUUUCAAGACAAACAACGUCAGUUGGAAGCAUCCCUCCGAGAGAAGUCCGACGAGAUCCCCAGAUUGGAUACCAAAAUACAAAAAAUCGGCAUUGAGAUAGAAAGCGGCAAACGGAGCCUCUUAGAUGCCCAGCGUCGUAUCAAGGAGUUGAGUGUCGAACAUAAACCAUCUAAGACAGACGAAACUCGAGCAAAAGCGUUGAAUCAGCAGAUAAGUGCCCUUCAAAAGGAAGUCGAAAACUUGCGACAAGACAUGGUCGGUAUUGAGGAAGAGAUACAAGCUCUUCAAGCUAAGAUUAUGGAAGUUGGCGGUGUCCGUCUGAGAAGCCAGAAAGCGAAGGUGGAUGGCUUGAAGGCCCAAAUUAAUCUCCUUUCUGAAGAGAUCUCUAACGCAGAGGUCGCCAAAUCGAAAAACGAGAAACUUAUCAAAAAACACGAAAAGUCGCGUCUGGAAGCUGAAAAGGAGAGCGAGCAGUUAAGCGCUGAGAUUGAGCGACUAGACGAAGAUGUCAAGAAUCAAGCAAACGAUGCCUCCGGCUCAAGACAGAAAGCAGAGGAGGCUCAGGAGGCGCUUGAAACGAAACGUGGAGAACUCAAAGCCCUUAAGCAGGAGUUGGACGAGAAGACAGCGGAACUAAAUGAGACACGUGCUCAGGAGAUUGAGAUGCGCAACAAAUUGGAAGAGAAUCAAAAAAUCCUUGCCGAGAAUCAGAAGCGCAGCCGGUACUGGGAGGAAAAAUUAUCCAAGUUGUCUCUGCAAAACGUCAGUGACCUUGGUGAUGAUCAAGAAACAGUUGAGUUGCAGACGUUCACUGCUGAUGAGCUGGCGGACAUGAACAAAGAGUCGCUCAAGGCAGUUAUUGCAGCAUUGGAGGAGAAGACACAGAAUGCGUCGGUCGAUUUAUCGGUCAUCGAGGAGUACCGUCGCCGUGUUGCUGAGCAUGAGACGCGUUCUGCGGACUUGAGUGAAUCCCUAGCGGCUCGUGAUGCUGCCAAGGCCCGCCUGGAUGGCCUUCGAUCUGCUCGUCUAACAGGUUUCAUGGAAGGCUUCAGCACAAUUUCAUUACGUCUCAAAGAGAUGUACCAGAUGAUCACGAUGGGUGGAAAUGCUGAGCUGGAGCUUGUGGACUCUUUGGAUCCCUUCUCAGAAGGGAUCCUCUUUUCCGUCAUGCCACCGAAAAAGAGCUGGAAGAACAUCAGCAAUCUGUCAGGAGGCGAAAAAACACUCUCCAGUCUUGCCUUGGUGUUUGCUCUCCAUCAUUAUAAGCCAACCCCGUUAUAUGUCAUGGACGAGAUUGAUGCGGCGUUGGAUUUCCGAAAUGUCUCCAUUGUUGCUUCAUACAUCAAGGAACGGACUAAGAAUGCCCAGUUUAUUGUUAUUUCUCUUCGAAACAACAUGUUUGAGCUUGCCUCUCGCCUUGUUGGAGUGUACAAGGUCAAUCAUAUGACCAAGAGUGUCACCGUUGAGAAUCGUGAUUAUAUCACAGGUCGAUCGGGCUCCAGUACAGCGGCACCGACACAGUCGUAGUAGUUGUAUGCCUUUCUUGCAUUAUUUUCCUUGAUUUUGGGGACCCUGUCUAUCUGUGCAUAGAUCAUCUUACGGUGUAAUGAGGGGAGUGGAUUAUGCUGGAAUAGGGUGAAAGCACAAUGGUUUUAUGAUGUUCGUUUUUAUUCUUUGAGGUUUGGUUGCAUUAUGUAAAUAGGAUGGACAGUAUGCCAGUUACUUUAUUUCUUUCC